AUGUGUUCAAGAGGUGUUUUCUAGUUGAGAAAAAUUCAACUUUAGUUUUGCGAUUUCGGAGGUAGCAGCAAGGGUGUUAGAGACUUCAUGAAUAGCGAUACAGUUAAAGAAUUUAUGGUUAAGAACCCAUAGAUCUAAUUUGAAUUUAUCAUGAGAAGAAAUAAGCAUCCCUUCUUGAGCGCUUAAUAUAUAAAUGGAUUUGUCAAGGAUAUUUCAUUAAAGAAUUAUGAAAGAGAUGAUAUUUUAGAUGAAUUCAAUAGAGCAAGAUAAUCAUUUGGCAGAAAGGCUCUCCCUUUUGCUGGUAAGAAGGUUUACACUGCCAGACCUUCUAUUUAGGGUAAAUGGACUCCCUUAACUUGGAGCACCUAUCCAAAAGUUGAAUUAUAAAUGGUUAGAGAAAUUAAAGAACCCUAAGAAGAAAUCCAACUCGUAGAUAAUGUAAAUAAGAACGUAGAAUUAGUUAACUAUAAAGAUUUUGUUCAUGCUUUCCUCAAAGACAAGAAAAUUAACGAAGAAUUUAACAGCCAAAUCGUAUAAUGA